GCGGCACCCCACCAUGGACCUGGUCAUCACGCAGGAGCUGGCCCGCGCCGAAAGCCAGCAUGACGAGGCCGCCCUGCGGAGGGCCUACGAGCUGAUCAAGGCGGCCAACCUGGGCAAGUCCGAGCUGGACCCGGUGGAGAGCUUCAGUCCCCACCUGUUCGUCCUGUGCGCCGAGCAGGCACUGAAGGUGGGACAGCCGCAGGUGAGCGAGGACUGCCUCCAGAUGUACUUCAAGGUGAAGGGGCCCGUCACUCAGUUUCUGGGUCGAGCGCACCUGUGCAGCGCCCAGCUGUGCGCCCCCAAGUCCACAGAUGACCUGGAGGAGUUCGAGAACUGCGUGACCCAGUACAUGAAAGCCAUCAGCUUCGCCAAAGGCGAGCCCAGGUACCACUUCCUGGUGUUCAACGCUUCGGUCCUGUACUGGGAGAUGGCGCGGCCCUUCCUCAAGGCGGGGUACCGGCACCACCUGAUCCCCAGCCUGAGCCGCGUGGUGACCGCGCUGAGCCAGACAGAGGAGGAGGAGGACAAGCCCUGGCGCGCGGAGCUGACGCUCCUCAUGGUCCUGCUCCGCUGCCAAGUGCACAUGGAGCUGGCCCACAUCGAGGAGGACGAGGACCGGCUGGAGCCCGCCAUGGUGCACCUGCAGAAGGCCCUGCAGCUGGACAGCCUGGGGCUCCACAGGGAGACGCUGCUCAUGGCGCUCAACCGGCUUCGUCUGUGCACAGAGCUCUACCAGACCCCCGAGCGCCCGGAGGACAGGGCCGUGCUGGCCAUUGAGCAGGCCAAGAAGGCAAUGCCCAAGGACAGCGUGCGGAAGAAGCGGGCCCUGCUGGUGAAUGCCGGCCUGGCUUUGGCCCCAGACACCUUCCAGAUCGUGCUGGACAGCGAGAACGAGGCCAAAGUGUCCACUGGCAAGCACAGGGGCCGGUUCAGCCACCUGUUCGCCAAGGCCCGGCACCACACCGUCUGCGUGGACAAAGCUGCUGGGCACCUGCGGCGCUUGGGGGUCAAGAAUGACCAGGAGAGGAAGAAGCGUGGCGGCGAGGGCUCGGCGCUGGACUCCCAAGCCCAGUGGGAGGCCGCCCUGCAGAAGCCCCUGCACCCCGGCCUGCUGCGCAAGCUGGCAGAGGUGGGGUUCAUCAGCGCUGAGGGGCCGCUGACCAGGCCGCCCCCCAGGACCUGGAUCGAGAGCCUGUCGCAGUUCGCCAUGAACACCUGGCUGCGCGCGGCCGAGAUCGGCCAGGAGCUGCAGGAGGCCUGGGUGGUGCAGAACGCCGUGGUCUACGUCCUGAACCACAACCACCACCUGGUGGCCGCCGGGCGGCAGAAGGAGCUGGUGGACGCCCUGUUCCACCUGCUGAGCAUCGUGCAGGCCAUGGGCUCCCUCGAGGACCCGGUGCUGCUGGCCACGCUCUGCAACACCCUGGCCCGUGGCCUGAUCAUCGGCUGGAUCCCCGCCCACACGCCCGAGAAGGCCAAAAGGCUCGGACGGCCGAGCCCGUCCCACCCGCCCCUGGACCCCGAGGCCUUGUCGGAGGUCCACGCUGCCCUGGAGGUGUGCGAGUUUGGGCUGAGCCUGGGCAGCGGGCCGGCGCCCGAGGAGACGGUGCCCAUCCAGGCCCGGCAGCAGCUCAUCGCCACCUGGGUGAAGACCAAGCAGCUGCUGCAGCAGCAGAUCGGGCCCCGGCUGGGCGCCGAGGAGCAGGGCGCCAGCGAGGAGGUCAGCUCGGUGACGCGGGUGCUCGUGGCCCUGGAGAUGUACUCCUGCUGCGGGCUGGGGCUCAUGGACUUCACGGUGCCCGCCCUGCCCCAGGUGGUCACGAUGGCCUUCGAGAGCAGCUGGUCGGACCCCGGGGUGGAGCUGCAGGCGCUGGCCAGGCUCACCCACUUCGCCUACGUGGCCCGGGACCACGAGACCACGAUGGCCUGCUCGCAGAGGGCCCUCCAGAUGGGUGUCAGGCACCUGCGGACGCUGGAUCCGGAGGACACGCCCCUGGUGGCCGAGAUGCUGAGCGCCGCGGCCUGCAUCCAGGGCAGGAGCAUCAUGGAGAACCUGAAGGGGAGGAAGCAGCUGCGCCUGGCGGCGUCCAAGGCCUUCAUGGAGAGCGUGAAGUUCGGGGGCGUGGCGGGCAGCAGGGCGCUGGUGAUGCAGGCCGCACGCCACUACUGGAACUCGGUGCUGCCGGCGCUGGGCUCGGCGGGGGGCCGCAGGAAGGUGCACAGCGCGGUGCAGAGGAUGGUCAGCAUCAUCAACAGGACAGAAGCCAGAGAGCAGGUGAAAGGGAAAACCCUGCAGCUGCACCCCUGGCCAUCGGCGGACUUCCAAAGUGCUGGCACCACUGAAGGCUACUUUGCCCCAGGCCCCGAGGAGGUGGCCGCCGUGUUCAGGCAGGACAGGAGCAGCCUCACCGUCAACCCGUCCAGCAUCCCGACGCCGACCUGCUCCCUGUACUACCUGGACCACCUGGCCAGGGCCCUGCGGCAGAUGGGCCUCCACGAGCUCGCCGUCCCGGUCCUGCAGCUGGCCGUGCUGAUCGCCGGCUGCGUGGUGGACAGCAAGAGCCUGCAGGACCUGUACCACCUCCAACUUGCCCUGAUCUGCUCGGAACUGAGGCUGGGGGACGCCGCUGCGUACCACGAGGAGGCGGUGGGGCAGGCGUGCCUGGGGGAGGCAGAGCAGGCCAGCUGGAGGAAAGAAAUCGCCGUGAGGAAGGAGAAGCACAAGGAGCUGCUGCUGGACGACAGCCUGACCACGCCGCCCACACCCACGGCCCCAGCCAGGCCGGCAGAGGACAAGGACAAGUUUCUGCAGCUGAACGGGGAUUCCGGCGGAGGCCUGGCCGGGACGUCCCUCCCGCAGCUGUGGGUCCUCAAAGCGGAGACUCUGCUGGAGCUGGAUCUGCACCAGCCUGCGCGGCUGCUGCUGUCCGAGGCCUACCUGGCCUUCCAGGAGCUCGGCGACGCGCGGGCGGAGGCCAAGUGCCUGCACUUGCUGGCGCAGCUGGCCAACAGGGAGCGCCGCCAUGGCCAGGCCCGGGCGCUGGUGGAGGCGGCCCAGCAGCUGGGCGGCGGCGAGGAGUUCUGGUACCAGUCUGCCCUGACGCUGGCGGAGGCGCUGCUGGGCGAGGACCGCCAGGGCCGCAAGAAGGAGCGGGAGGACAGGGGCCCCCGCGAGCCCCGGCCCCUGCUGGACGACCUGGACGGCUGCCUCGCGGCGGUGGAGAGCGAGUUUGUCAGCUGCGGCUGCACAGAGAAGUGUGUGGACGUGCGGCUGGAGCGCGCCGAGGUCAAGAGGCUGUGUGCCCGCGGCGAGCGAGACCAGGAGCUGCGGGCCAGCCUCUACCUGGAGGCGCACGAGCUGGCCCGCAGAGCCGUGGCCGAGGAGGAGGAGCGGCUGUGCGGCCUGCGGGGCCUGCUGCCCGCGCCCCAGGAGUUGCAGAGCGUGAGCACGCCCCUGAUGAGGAAGCUGGCCAGCCUCAAGCUGCGCCUGGCCGAGAGCAGCCUGGACACGCUGCAGCUGGCCUGGGAGGAGGACCAGCGGCAGCAGCUGGAGCAGAGCUCCCUGGACAACCUGCUGACGGGCUACCUGCAGAGCAUGAGGGAGGACACCCCAGUCGGCCUGAGAAGGAUGGCGCUGGCCCAGCGCUACCUGGCCCAGGCGACCGAGGUGCUGCUGCAGGGCCUGCAGGUGGCCUUGGGCAGCGGUAUGCUGGCCGUGGCGGCGGCCGCCAGCCUGGAGUUGGUGGAGUGCAUGGGCUCGCUGGACCCGGUGUCCACCUGCCAGUUCCUGGCACUGUCCCAGAGCUGCGAGGCGGCGGGCGCCAUGCGGGACGUCCUGCUGAGGGCCACGGCAGACACCAGCAGCUCACAGCUGGCCGCCCUGCUGCAGCUGGAGCACAGGCUGCUGCGCCAGGGGAGCACCGGCACCCGGCUGCUGGCCAGCGUGCAGCAGAGGCUGGCGGCCACCGCCAAGGCCUGGCAGAGCCUGGCGGUCACCGAGCAGCACCUGAACUUCCUCAGCGACCUUCCUCUCUCCUUCCGCGUCCUCUUCCUGCACCACGCGCCCGACUGGACCCGCCUGUACGGCGCUGUCUACGAGCGCCCCAAGUUGGUGCCCGCCGCUAAGGGGAAGCUGCCGCCACCGGGAGGCCUCUGCAAGGUGGCCCGAGUGGUGGUGAACCCGGAGGACUUGUCCUCCCUGCUGGCUCACGCCCAGCAGUUCCGGGAGCAGACGCUGACCGAGGUGUGCGAGGAGGACAUGGCCCCCGGCCCAGGCUCGGCUGAGGGCCGGCGCGGCCAGACGCCGCCUCUGUCUCCUACAGACGGGGGCGCGAAGAAGGAGAGCAGAGGCAGGGACUCCAGAAAGCGGAACUCAGGCAGGAAGGGCAAGAAGCCGGCUGCUCUGGCGCCCCGCAGCCAGGCCGAGUGGGAGCAGCUGCUGGGCAGCGGCGAGGGCUGCUUCUUCUACGGCAUGGAGAGCUUCCUGUCCCACCUGCUGGCCGAGAGGCUGGCGGCCAUGAACCUGCAGGAGUGCCAGCUGAUGGUCCUGCUGGACCUGACGCGGUCCUCCCAGAGCAUGUGGAGGCACAUGGCGGCCUCAGAGAACAAGAGCGCCACGCAGCUGUCCUUAGAGGAGCCCAUGGAGACGGCCAUCCUCCUCAGCCUGGUCGGGGUCCGGAGCAUCGUGGGGAACCAGUGGGCCACGCUCCUGCGGCACAACGCUCUGCGGGCCCUCUUCCUGUGGGAAAACCUGCUGGCCACAGGCAGGUCCAUCGGGAAAACCGUCCACCUCCUACAGACACUCGGAGCUGGAGAGGAGGCCCCGAAAGAGGAGACUCCUCGGACCUCCAGGGACAAGGCGCCGCCCCCGCGGCCCCGGCUCCGCGGCUCGGACUGGCUCCCCACCGCCCUCAACCUGGUGCUGUACGGGCUGCCCAACAAGGUGGGGCACCCCGAGUCACCGGGACUUGAGAGGCUCCCGACCCCGGUGGCCCUCCCCUGGGCUCAGGCGCCGGGCUCGCACUUUGCACAGGCACGGAUGCUGGGUCCAGCAGGCAGCGCCACGGGUGGGCCCGAGCCCCCGGAGGGAAAGUCCUCACCGGGCCGCACCAGCCUGGCCCACGCGGAGGCCAGGCCAGGAGGCGGCGGGCGGCUGCCCAACAGGGACGGCUUCUCCCGGGGUCAGCGGCUCGGCCCUCCGCAGGCUCCAUUCGAGGUCCCGGCAGCCCCGCGGGAGGGGGUGGGCGGAGCCUUCGCGCGCCCCGCCGCCGCUUGGAGUGGCCCCAUCAGCAGCGACUCGCCCGAGCCCGAGCCGGAGCGCCCCUCUUCCCGAUGCCGGCCAGCUGCCUUCGCAGGGUCCCCCGGCUCGCACUAUUGUCUCCCUCCACCCCAAGAGGGGUGCGAACGGGUGCAGGGCAAACCUCCUGGCCCAGGGGCCCAGCGCCCAGCGCCCAGGACCGUAAGGUCAGGCCGGCAGCGGCUUCGCCCGGCGGAAGCCUCGGGGCGUCGUCGCCUCCGCGUCCCCGAGGGCCCCAGCGCCAAAGCGAGGGGAGAACCCGGCCGCAAGGGCGCGGGACUGCGCCGCCCCGAAACGAGCUCCAGCCCCGCGCGGCGGCAGCCCAGUGGGGCUCCCCGCGCCCCAACGCGCUGGGCUGUGCAGGACUGGCUUCGCCCACCGGCUCGGAGGGACCCUGCACGACGCCCCAAACGAAAAAGGACCCCCAAGGGUGCUGUGCGAGCGAACGCGGGGCCCUGCGCAGAGCCGAGGGCCCCCCCAUCCGUCACCGAAACCCUGGAGGCUGGGCGGAUCGGCAAAGUCGCCGUGACGCACCGCAGGGGCCCAGGAGAGGCGGCCGCCGGAUGCCUGUUCCCCUCCCGUCCGGCCGCCCAGCGGGGCGCUCAGGUCUCGCCCCGGGCUGGCGUGUGGUUCCAGAACCGCCGGACCAAGUGGCGCAAGCGGCACGCUGCGGAGAUGGCCUCGGCCAAGAAGAAGCAGGACUCCGACGCCGAGAGGUUGAAGGUGGGCGGCUCCGACGCGGAGGACGACGACGAGUACAACCGACCGCUGGACCCCAACUCGGACGACGAGAAGAUCACGCGGCUGCUCAAGAAGCACAAACCCUCGAACUUGGCGCUGGUCAGCCCGUGCGGCGGCGCGGGGGACGCCUCGUGA